CUGUCGGUGGAAAAAGCGCCAAGUCUACCAGUUACUAAGGAGAGGAAAGGCUUGUGAUUUUGUUGUUUGGUGGAAGCCGGACUGUUUAACUUUACAAACGAACAGAAAUGCAAUGGAUUACUGCAUAAAAAUGGCAGUAUAAGGUGCUUGCAACUCUGUGAAGCAGAAACUGAACAGAAAAAAGUGCAGAAUGCCUGGCCUUAUGCAGAGUGAUGCCAAUGGAGCCUCAAAGGCCAAACCUGUCAAGAACAGAUUGUCCCUGAAGUUCUUUCAGAAAAAAGAAACUAAAAGGACGCUUGAUCUCUCAGACUCUCAAGAGGAGGAACACAAACCUUCAGAAUCAGUUAUUGCUGAAAGCUCUGACCAGGUUGUUCCUGCACCGCCUCCCCCAACAUCUCCUCAUACUUACGAAAAGAGGGAAAAUCUUGUUCCUUUUGUUGGACUAAAUAACCUUGGAAAUACUUGCUAUCUUAACAGUAUUUUACAGGUUUUAUACUACUGUCCUGGGUUCAAAGCGGGGAUUGCUCACUUACAUAAACUGUGUACAAGGAAAAGAGAGCGGCAAAAAGAUGAGGAUAAAGAAAAGGAAAUUGUAUCGGAAGACACCCCAGCAAGUCUCGAGUUGCUUGUCAAUUUUCAUAACCUGUUAGUAUCCUUGGAUCAACUUCAGUCCAGCUUCGUGGUUAAUCCAGAAAAAUAUACUGAUGGAGAACUUGCAAUUCCACCCAGGAGACUGGUGCACACACUCCGGCAGCUCAAUCCAAUGUAUGAAGGAUAUCUGCAACAUGAUGCACAAGAGGUGCUUCAGUGCAUGCUGGGAUAUAUCCAGGAAGCCUGUGAUGCUUUAAAAGCAGAAUACAAGGUUGCUGAAAAAUCUACAGAUAACUGUGACUCUCCAGUGGCAUCCGGUGUAGUUAAUGAAGCAGGUGAAUGCAGCGUGUUACCAAAAAGCAUCAAAACUGAGGAAGAUGAUGUACAAGAAAAUGGCAAUAGAUGUGGUGGGGAUUCCCCUGCCGAAGGAAAAGGCAACGGAAAGCGAAAAAACGAGUCAGAUAUUGGAAAUCCUAAAAAGAAAUCAAAAUCUCAUAAAAUGCAGAAGUUGCCAGUAGACAAUAAGCACUUCACGAGAUCAAAAAGGAAAUCCCUCAAUGAAAAUAUGGAGGAGAAUGAAAGUGAAUCUGACGGAAAUGGUGAAAAUGCAUCAGCAAAGCCUGCCAAGAAAACCAAGCGGCCUAAAUUGGGGUGGCUAAAGACCUCCAGCAAGCAGCCCACUAUUUUCUCCAGGUUCCGUAGUGUGGGAAAGUUAACGACAAAUAAUGGGAAUAAACCACAAGAGAAGGAAGUCACGCAGAAAGAGGCUUCGCCAGAAAUGGCAGCUACAGAUACAGAAAAUACCAAGAAACUGAGCUCUUUACCUGAUUCAGCUGCUAAGUCGGAAGAAAAAAAACCAAGUGAAGAGGAGCUCCAUUUUAAUCUGCUGCAGAGGUUAUUUCAGGGCCAGCUGGUCCUCCGGACGCGGUGCUUGGAGUGCGAGUGCUACACUGAACGCAGAGAGGACUUCCAAGACAUCAGCGUCCCAGUGCAGGAGAACGAGUCGCACACAGUCCAGGACAUUUCUGAAAUUUCUCCUGAUCCCAAGAUGGAAUUAAAGACCCUCAAAUGGGCCAUCUCACAAUUUGCAUCUGUGGAAAGGAUCGUUGGGGAAGACAAGUAUUUUUGUGAGACCUGCCACCACUACACGGAAGCUGAACGAAGCCUUCUGUUUGACAAGACGCCCGAAAUCGUAACCAUUCAUCUCAAGUGCUUUGCUGCCAACACCUCUGAGUUUGAUCCUUACGCUGGCCUGUCCAAAGUGAACACUCCAUUGCAGACCCCACUACUACUGUCCCUGGACGAGUGGUGCACAAAGCCAUCGAAACAGCACUAUGAACUGUUUGCUGUUGUGAUGCACAGCGGAGUCACCAUCAGCAGCGGUCACUACACAACGUACGUCAAAAUGAUGGACCUGCAGAACCUUACCAAGGAUAACGAAGGCUCUGUCAGGCUGGAGCCGCUGGACGAGAGGGAGGCAAGAUCAUUUGACCCUCAGGACUACGAUGAUGGAGAGGUCUCGUUCAGCACAAACAGCAACUCCCACAACACCUCGAGCAAAGGCAACGCUAAGAAGUCAUCUGACAGCAUUGGACUGCUGGGUGGCCAGAGAAGCAUCUCCAGCUUUGAAAUGGGUGGCACCAAAGUGGUCAACCCUGAGAAGCAAAUGGGAGUAACGACCGAAGCCGAACACGUGGGACAGAACGUUACUAAUGGACUUGUGGACGACGCAUCAGAGUCGAAUAAAGAAGACGUCACUGCACACACAAGCAGCACUCCUGCCGACUGCGCCGAGCGGCCAUCUCACUGCAGUCUUACGGAUUACGAGGGCAGAUGGUUGCUGUUUGACGACUCUGAGGUAAGACUUGUUGAGGAGGGGGAAUUUCUAAGUUCAUGCUCCCCCAUCUCCAACUCGACAUCCACACCGUAUCUCCUCUUCUACAAGAAGAGCUCGCCGUGUUGAGUGCCACCUGCUGCUCGUUCUUGUGUUUGAACUCCUCUUUUCUGUACAGCACCUUGGCACUUAACCCGUGCAAUUUACUCAAAUCUUUACUAUUCAUGUAGUAAAAUAAAAAAAGUAAGCUAAUUCAAAAUUAAACUCCUCACGUGCACUAUCAUAGCCUGCUUCUGGUUUAAUGUACAGUUCAGUGCAUUUUUAUUGUAUAAAAUGAAUUUAUUUUUUGAUGAUAUUAGAAUGAUUGUGUAAGGACAAAAUUUAAUACCCAAGUUCCAUAUAAUAAAUUUAUUUUGCCUCUUUA